AUGCCAACUAUUCCAGUCGAUAAAGCCGACCUUUUUGAGUUACUCGGUAAGUCAUACAGUACCGAAGAAUUCGAUGAAUUAUGUUUUGAGUUCGGUAUUGAGCUUGAUGAAGACACCACUGAAGAAUGUGCCAAAACAGGAGAGAGACCUCAGUUGAAGAUUGAAAUCCCAGCCAAUAGAUACGAUAUGUUAUGUAUCGAAGGGAUUGCACAAGCCUUGAAUGAGUUCUUGGGUACCAGUAGGACACCUAACUUCAAAUUGAAUCCUGCCAAACCAGUGGUCACCUUGACUGUUGAUAAGUCCACCGAGCAAAUCAGGCCUUACGCUGCCGGGGCCAUUUUGAGAGGAAUUAAAUUUGAUGAGAGACGCUAUCAAUCGUUCAUUGCCUUGCAGGAUAAAUUGCACACCAAUUUGUGCCGUAAUAGAACUUUGGUUGCCAUGGGUACCCAUGAUUUGGACACUUUAGUCACUCCAUUCACCUAUGAAGCAUUACCACCAAAGGAUAUCAAGUUCGUACCAUUGAACCAAACCAAGGAAAUGAACGGUGAAGAAUUGAUGGAAUUCUAUGAAAAGGACAAGAAUUUGGGUAAAUAUUUGCACAUCAUCAGAGAUUCACCAGUCUUCCCUGUUAUCUUAGAUGCUAAUAGAACGGUUUGCUCAUUACCACCGAUUAUCAACAGUGACCAUUCUAAAAUCUCUGUCAACACAAAGAACGUCUUUAUUGAUAUUACUGCUACUGAUAAGACAAAGGCCGAGAUUGUUGUCAACCAGUUAGUUGCCAUGUUCUCUAGAUACUGUUCCGAACCAUUUGAAAUUGAACCAGUUGAAGUUAUCUCCAAACAUAACGACGAAACCCACGUCACUCCUAAUAUUACACCAAGAGUUGCUGAAGCUGAAAUUUCCUACAUCAAUUCGUGUUUAGCUUUGGAUUUACUGCCAGAAGAAAUCGCUGCAUUAUUAGCCAAGAUGUCCUUGACAGCCAAGCAAUCCACCACAGACCCUAAGUUGUUAGAUGUCUCUAUUCCAUGUACCAGAUCAGAUAUUUUGCACCAAUGUGAUAUUAUGGAAGAUGCUGCUAUCGCCUACGGCUACAAUAAUUUGCAAAAGACCAAGCCAAAAUCCGAAUCUAUGGUUGCUCAACCAUUACCAAUUAACAAGGUUGCUGAUAUCUUGAGAUUGGCCUCAGCUCAAGCUGGAUACGUAGAAGUCAUGCCAUUGACUUUAUCAUCUCACGAUGAGAACUUCAAGUUCUUGAGACAGGUUGACGACAACAAAACCGCAGUUAAAUUAGAAAACCCUAAGACUGUGGAGUACCAAGUUGUAAGAACUACUUUAGUUCCAGGUAUCUUGAAGACCAUCAAGGAAAACAGAAAGCACUCAUUACCUAUUAAGGUUUUCGAAUCUGGGGAUAUCGUAUUAAAGGAUGAAUCCUUAGAAAGAGGUGCAUACAAUCAAAGAAAAUGGGCUGCCAUCUAUGCUGGUAAGACUUCCGGUUUCGAACUUGUACAAGGCUUAUUAGGUAAGAUUAUGCAAACCAUGAGAACUCCAUGGUUGGAAAACCCAUCUAAGGAAACCGGCAGAGGUUACUGGAUUGAACAAGAUGAUAAGAAUGCCACCUUUUUCCCAGGAAGAGGAGCUAAGGUUUUCUUCAGAUACGGUGAAGGAGAGAAAGAUCAACACAUUGGAUCCAUUGGUGUAUUACACCCAGAAGUAAUGGGAUAUUUCGAGAUUCCAUAUGCUGCCCUGGCGGUUGAAAUUGAUGCUGAAGUUUUCUUGUAA